AUGACGAGAGUCAAGAUCCUUGGCAUCGCCGACCCUGCUGAGCAUCGGACAUGCGACGGAGAGCUGGGACCAAAGGUAUGGUGCUGGUCAGAUAAUCCAUUAUCACACGCCUGCUAUUUUCUUUCCGCCAACUUACCCUCCAAGACCUUCUUCCCAAACAGCACAGUGUUUACCUACGAAGCAGGCCAUUUCUGGUCCCCCACUUUAAUCCUCUCUCCAUCAUGCAUCGUGCGCCCCACGAGCGCUACAGAUGUCGCUAAAACAAUCAAAGCAAUUCAGCUCACUAACACCCCAUUCGCCGUCCGGGGCGGUGGCCACAUGCUCGUCAGAGGGGCGAACAGCAUCGACCAUGGAAUCCUGAUCGUCCUAUCAAAUUUGAGCCGGAUUGCCAUCUCCGAGGACCGAGAAACCGUUCAAGUGGGUCCGGGACUGCGAUGGAGUGAUGUCUACAAUUAUUUGCUGCCGUUUGACCGCGCUGUUGUGGGGGGUAGAAUAGGUAAUGUGGGUGUGCCUGGGUUGCUACUAGGAGGCGGGUUGAGUUUCCAUAGUUACCAGUAUGGGUGGGCGAUGGAUAACGUGGUCGAAUAUGAGGUCGUGCUUGCGGAUGGAGAGAUUGUUCGGGUCGGCGAAGAUGCUUAUGCGGAUCUGUUCUGGGCGUUGAAAGGGGGAGGGGCGAAUUUUGGGAUCGUGACGAAUUUCAAGUUGAGGACUGUGCCGAGUAUCAAGGUAUUGGCCGGGGGGGUUACUGUGGGUGAGGGUGAUAUCGAUUUAUUAUUCCAGUCCCUGGCCCAAUUUAUCAGCCGCAAUAAGGAUCCUCUUGUCCAUAUACUGCCUCAAGCCUUAACACCAGACCCACGACAAAAAUCAGUUACCCUUACCUUCUUCUACGACAGUCCAAGCAACGCCACCCCAGCCUCGGUCGUGAGCGCUACCCCUGAAGGUCUUCAUUCAUCUUUCUCAGUCACUUGGGAAGCCUACUUGGCGGCGUUGCCCGAGUUAUACGCCGCGGUCCCAGCCAAAGCACUAGUAUCCGUCGCAGUGUACUGGCAACCCAUCAUGCGGCUAUGGAUGGAGGCAUCAAAAGCUACGAAUCCGGUCGGGAAUGCGCUUGGGCUGGACCCCGAUAAGGGGGAUUAUCUUGCAUGGGCUGUGGUGGUGAUGUGGAAUAACACGGCUUAUGAUGAGGUAGUAAUGGCUUGGGCGGACGAUACGACUGUUAAGAUGAACGAUGCGGCUAAGGAGGCGGGGGUGUACGAUGGGUUCAAGUAUAUCGGCGACGCAGCUGAAUUUAAUGAUGUCUUUGGUGGGUAUGGCUGUGAGAGUAGGGAGAAGUUGCUGCAUAUUUCACGCAAAUAUGACCCUGACAGGUUAUUUCAGGCUUUGAUGCCGGGUGGGUUUAAGAUUGGGUUAUGA